UUACCAUAACAAGGCUCGCGUUUCCGCAAAUUUUGUUUGACCACGGGUUGCUUGACUACUUGCUUCAUCCACGAACUUAGUUUCCCCUUCCUCAAUAGCGCUAGUUCACAGUAAUGCGUGAAGUCAUCUCUCUCCAUGUCGGCCAGGCCGGUGUUCAGAUUGGAAAUGCGUGCUGGGAGCUCUACACCCUCGAGCACGGAUUGAGCGUAUGGGCCAAGGGAAGCAUGGACCAAGGCUUCUCAACCUUCUUCUCUGAAACCGGUGCCGGAAAACAUGUGCCCCGUUCCCUCUAUGUUGACCUGGAACCCGGUGUCGUCGACGAGGUCAAAACUGGUCCUUACCGAUCCCUCUUUCAUCCAGAGACAAUGAUCACCGGCAAGGAAGAUGCCGCCAAUAACUACGCGCGGGGACACUAUACAGUUGGGAAGGAGUUGAUUGACCCCGUCAUGGACAGGAUCCGCCGCCUCGCGGACAACUGCUCCGGUUUGCAAGGCUUCUUUGUGUUCCACUCCUUCGGUGGUGGUACUGGCUCGGGUUUCGGCGCACUUCUCCUUGAACGUCUGUCCACUGACUACGGCAAGAAAUCCAAGCUGGAGUUUUGCGUGUACCCUGCCCCACAGCUUUCCAGCUCCGUGGUUGAACCUUACAACUCAGUGCUUACGACCCAUACAACUCUUGAGCACUCGGAUUGCUCGUUCAUGGUCGAUAACGAGGCUAUCUACGAUAUCUGCAAGAAGAGGCUUGGUGUCCCUCAACCAAGCUUCACUAACCUCAACCGCCUGAUUGCUCAAGUGGUUUCCUCGAUCACCGCCUCUCUUCGUUUCGACGGAUCUCUUAACGUCGAUCUGAACGAGUUCCAAACCAACCUUGUUCCCUUCCCCCGUAUUCACUUCCCCCUUGCCACUUACGCACCACUCCUUUCGGCUGAAAAGGCCACGCACGAACAAAACUCGGUGAAUGAAAUGACUUUUUCAUGUUUCGAGAGCGGACACCAGAUGGUACGUAUAAACGGACCUUUCACUCAUGGAGUUUCAGUGGCCUGUGCUCUCCUUUACCGUGGCAACGUCGUACCUAAGGAUGUCCAAGGAGCAGUCGCUAGUGUCAAGACGAAGCGAACAAUCCAAUUCGUGGAUUGGUGCCCAACUGGUUUCAAGAUCGGUAUUUGCAACGAACCCUCGGCGAACAUUCCGGGCGGCGACCUCGCGAAGACUAGUCGCAGUCUCUGUAUGCUGUCCAAUACCACUGCCAUCUCUGUAGCUUGGAAUCGGCUCGAUUACAAAUUUGACUUGAUGUAUUCCAAACGUGCAUUUGUCCAUUGGUACGUCGGAGAGGGUAUGGAAGAGGGUGAGUUCUCGGAAGCCCGCGAAGAUCUUGCCGCGCUCGAGAAAGACUACGAGGAGGUCGGUAUUGACUCUGCAGACGCCGAGGAAGAGGGUGGCGAGUACUAGAUCAUUUCUUUCGUGUUGUCAUUCUGUUUUACAGUGAAAAACGUUUCUUUCUGCGUACGACUUUUCCAUGGAGAUCUGAUACAGUAUAUCGUCAUCCUUGACUUAAGGAAUUACGAAAAU